AAUCAGUUGACCCCUACUGCCGAUCAGGCUACUGUCAAUCCUUGAAAUCGCUGUUUUUGUUUUAACCUUUUUUUCCCACUCUUCCCAGAUCAGGUUUGCUUUUCACCCACCUCCAUGCUUAUCAUUAUCUGACUUGGUCUACUUAUUGCUUGGAUCAUAUACUAAGUAAGUUGGUGGUACCAUCCCGCCUGUACCGUACCCCCUCGCAGUCUGUUCUCAACUGCUUCGAUACAAGUUAAGCAUUUUUUUUACCACGCGCGCACACCCUGGCAUCCACACACCUUCGAGCACCGAACCACAAAGCGAUACCGACGAAACCCCAACUACACCCUCCGCGAGGCACCUGCUUCCAGUCUUUCAACCUCUUUCGUCCAAAGGGCACUGCCGCCAAAUGCACCAAGACUUGCUCUUGUGCCGUCCGAAUAUAGGCUGCAACCUCAAUCUUUAGCAAGAGUCUAUUCUUGCCUGUGUUUGCUCUGGCCCUGCCAGGGGGUCAACAGUCGCGGACCCGGUCUCCGGGAUCAAAGUGGGUCUUGGUCUCCCGGCCGCUAUCCUAUCGACUUGGAGCACGCAACCAUCCGACGUUCCACUGCGACCAGGACGUAACAAAACGAAGAACAGCCAGCCGUCUCUGGUCCAGCUUCAAUGGAGAUGGCUUCUGGUUCAUCUGGCUCGUCUUCCUUCUCAUCCAAUGUCCGUUACCCUCCAUCAUACCGCCAAGCGCAAACGAGCCCCUUAGACCCAAUAUGGACGCCGGCAACGACAUCAACCGCCUCUGCGCCGACAUCAUACUCCUCAGAGGCCCCAACUCCGUUACGCCCACGUUCUGGGUGACGAUUUUGUCGGCUCUCAUACUUGGAGCAGUUCUCGACCUUGGCCCGCCAGGCUACCAAGCAACAAUUACCCUCUUCCAACAAACAGUAGACGAGAUAACGGUGUAUCUUGGACCGUGGGAAAUAGAGAGUGCCGGCCCAGAUCACCGGCGACUAUCUUGGCAAUGCAGCUACGAAGGAGAGGUCCUUGAACACUAUCUACCAUCCAGCAACCCCUCUGACACGUUCCCACUCUCGCUCCAUGCACACCACAGGCGCUUUGAGAGCCCUCAUGAUAUGGAGCUUUAUCUGAGCUUCAGCUCGCCUCAGCGUAUCCGGUACACGGCAGCAGAUGGGACUGUCAUGCAUGAUGCUGUCGUCGACGUUAACUAUGUGUUGGCAACAUUCGAGGGCUCACUUCGCUUCCAGAGCGAUCUUCGCGAGCGCGAAUUGGUCGACUUCUUUGACAUGGACGUGGUUUGGUCCGAUCGUGAAGGCCGUACCGACUCCUUUGGCUCUGUCAAGGGUAUCGCCACUGGCCUAAGAAUGAAGCUGUGGAAGGACAGAUAUUCGUCGCAGCAUACCAUUGCCCUGUUGGGACGCGAUUGUCGCCCACGCGAGUAUUGGAUUGCAGCUUUUGAUGGUGAAGUCAAGAGUCGUGAUGAUAGACAUAGGAGGUUGAAGCUGAAUGUCAUCGCACGGCGCGGGAGUGCACAUGAGACUACCUCAGGGUCGUCAUCGCGAAGACCUUCGUUUUCUUCUUUCCGAAGCCGCACGCGAUCGAUGGACGAUAACAAUGGAGCUGGAAACUCUCAAGCAUCUUCGGCGCACGACCCUGUGCAAAGGCCCAACUUCCGCUACCUUGGAAUGCAAUUCACUCGGACUGCCGAUUUCGAGCGGUUUAUAGAGCAGUGGACUACUUUGCACGCAGAAGAAAGGCAAUUUGGCGAAUACACUAUGGGGCAAUAUGGACUGCCUUCAGGGGCUCCGAGAGCUAGCGUCUUCGAGCUCCCAGCCGAAACCUAUCAAAUGCUAGAGACGGUGGAGGAACCAGACAACAGUAUGAUGCAAGACUGAUGGAGAUCUGGUCCAAAAAAAAAAAAAAAUACAAAUGCAUGGCGGGAUAUUUUCAACACCGUGGUA